AUGGCAUUAAGACGAUUUUUUGGUUUUUCUGAUGGUGAACUAAUGAGAUCUGAUUCAAAACCUUGUUCAAGAUUGAUGAGACAUACUGCUGGUGUUUUUAGUGUUGGGGGAGCCUUAGGGUUUUGGAUCCUAUGUCGUCUGCAUUACGGUCCAAGAGUGAAUGUUCCAAGAAGUCUGAGGUGGGCAAGUACUGGAGCGGUUACAGUAAGUGCGGGGACCGCUUUAUUGGUUCGCCUUUUUAGUCCAGAAUGUGAACCCCAAAACAUUGAGGCAUAUGACAAGAAAAAAAAAUGACUUAAUGCCCUCUUCUUUUCCCAUUAAGUCAUCAUAUCUCUUAUCUGUCUUUUUUUUUUCACAAUAUUUACUACAAAAUGUUGAUGGGAUUGAUUUUGUAAGAAAUUUAAAGUUUGGAUUUCUUUGUGUUAUUCUUAUCUGUGUUAUUGUUUUUUUACUGAUAAUAACUCUCUACUUCAUUUUUUACCCAUUAUAGCAACGUAUAUUUGUGUGAUUGUAAGUACGUUGCUAUUUUGUGUGAAAGAAAUGUAAGUAUGGUAAUAUUAUGGGUUACGUAUUGUAUUAUUGUUGAAAGAAUGCAAGCAUAUGUUGAUAUUA